AUGCCGGCCCCAGGCGCAGAUAUGGCUGCGAAGCUUGACUUUUGGUCACAGCAGCUGCGGAAUCUUCCGCGGCUUGCGCUGCCAACCGACUACCCCCGCCCGGCGAAGCAGAGUGUCGUGCACGCGAUGAAGUCAGCCGUGCUCCCGGCGCAGGUGACCAAGGCGCUCGCGCGUCUCGCGCUGUACGAGGACGAGGCGCAGCAGGACGCCGCGUCGCGAUUCCAGGAAGACGAGGAGGAGGCGGCGGAUGAGGGUGUGCGUACCUAUCACCUGCUCCUCACCGCGCUCGUCGUGUUGAUCCACCGCUACACCGGCGAUACGGACGUGGUGAUCGCCUCCAACGACCCCACGACCGGCGACGCGCUCGUGCUGCGUGUCAUGGUCGAGCCGGAGGACUCGUUCUGGCAGGUCGCCCGCCGCGUGCAGGCCGUCGAGACGCAGGCGGUGCGCAACAGUGUGCCGUUCGAAGACCUGGAGAAGCGCAUGGAAGAGGAGCGCCUCGCGGCCGAGGGCCCUGCGCCGGAGGGCGUGUCGAACCCCUUGUUCCGCGUGCGCUUCUUUGACGAGACCAACUCGCAGGUGCGCCGCUUUAUGCAGCGCACGAACCUCACGACGGACCUGAGUGUGUUUGUCACGCCGCCCGAGGCGCACGUCGACCCAGAGGAGGGCGCGUUGCAUGCCGAGCCGGCCGCGCCUACGCAGCAGUUCCGUGCGCCGGCGCACGCACCGGUCGCGCUGCACAUUUCCUACAAUGCUCUACUCUUUUCCGCGCAGCGCAUCCAGGGCAUCCUCGCGCAGCUCUCGUCGCUGAUCCGCGCCGCAGCACAGAACCCGCUCGCGCCCGUCGGCAAGAUUGUGUUCCGCACCGCGGCCGAGGCGGCGUUCCUGCCGGACCCGCGCCGCGACCUCGACUGGUGCGGCUACCGCGGGAGCAUCACGAGCAUUUUUGAGGACAAUGCGCGGCAGUUCCCUGACCGCCGCUGCCUCGUCGAGAGCAUUGCAUCGCAAGGUGCGCCCGCGUCGCAGCUGCGUACGGUGUCGUACGGCGAGCUGGACCGUGCAAGCAAUGUCGUGGCGCACCGUCUGCUGGCCGCUGGCGUGCAGCGCCAAGAAGUCGUGACGGUGUACGCCCACCGCGGCGUGGACCUCGUCGUGGCGGUCAUUGCGACGCUCAAGGCCGGCGCAACGUUUAGCGUGAUCGAUCCGAGCUACCCGCCGAGCCGCCAGAACAUCUACCUGCAGGUGGCGCGCCCCAGGGCGCUUGUCGUCCUUGCCAAGGCCGGCUCGAUCCAUCCCCAGGUCCGCCAGUGCAUCGAGGAGGAGCUCGAGCUGCGUGUCGAGAUUCCUGCCUUGGAGCUGCGUGCGGACGGCAGCCUGGUCGGCGGCGCGGUCGACGGCGCGGAUAUCCUCGAUACGACGCAGGACAAGGCCGCCAAGUCGACGGGCCUCGUGCUCGGCCCCGACUCGGUCGCGACGCUCUCCUUCACCUCUGGCUCGACUGGCAUUCCAAAGGGUGUGCAGGGCCGUCACUACUCGCUCACGCACUUUUUCCCGUGGAUGGGCGGCUGCUUCGGCCUCGGCCCCGGCGAUCGCUUCACGAUGCUGAGUGGUAUUGCGCACGACCCGAUCCAGCGCGACAUCUUUACGCCGCUCUUCUUUGGUGCCGAGCUGCACAUUCCGACGGCCGACGAUAUCGGCACGCCCGGUCGCCUGGCCGAGUGGAUGGCCGUGUCAGGGGCCACGGUGACGCACCUCACGCCGGCAAUGGGCCAGCUGCUCUCUGCGCAGGCCACCGCAGCGAUUCCGAGCCUGCGUAACGCGUUCUUUGUCGGUGAUAUUUUGACCAAGCGCGACUGCACGCGUCUCCAGGCGCUCGCGGCAAACGUGCGCAUUAUCAACAUGUACGGCACGACCGAGACGCAGCGUGCCGUGUCGUACUUUGCGAUUCCCCCCGCAAGCGACGACGUGGCGUUCCUCAAGACGCAGAAGGAUAUCAUGCCUGCAGGUCAGGGUAUGGUCGACGUCCAGCUCCUGGUCGUGAACCGCAACGAGCGCCACGAGACGUGCGCCGUCGGCGAGGUGGGCGAGAUCUACGUGCGCUCCGGCGGCCUCGCAGAGGGCUACCUCGGCCCGCCCGAGGUCACUGCCGAAAAGUUCCUCACCAACUGGCUCGCGCCGGACCUGGUCAUUGAAGACACGCUCAAGGGCACGCCCGAGGGCCAGUACUGGAAGGGGCCGCGCGACCGAAUGUACCGCACCGGCGACCUCGGCCGCUACCUCCCCGACGGACGCGUCGAGUGCACGGGCCGUGCAGACGACCAGAUCAAGAUCCGUGGCUUCCGUAUCGAGCUCGGCGAGAUCGACACGCACCUGUCGCGCCACGCCAACGUGCGCGAGAAUGUGACGUUUGUGCGCCGUGACAAGGACGAGGAAAAGGUCCUGGUCUCGUACUUUGUGCCGACGGACGACGUGCACGCAGAUGCCGACGACGUGAACCUGCCCGAGGAUGUCGGCAAUGUGCAGCGCGAGGUCCUGCGUGGCAUCGGCCGCUACCGCGCGCUGAUCAAGGACAUCCGCGAGUACCUCAAGCAGAAGCUGCCUGCCUACUCGGUGCCGACGCUCUUUGUGCCGCUGUCCAAGAUGCCGCUGAACCCCAACGGCAAGGUCGACAAGCCCGCGCUGCCGUUCCCGGACACGGUGCUUGCGCAGCGCCUCGCCCACGCCUCGUCCUCCGCACAGGCCGCCGCGCCGCGUAGCAACACCGAACAGACGCUGAGCAAGCUCUGGGCCGAGCUCCUCCAAGGCGUCGAGGACCCCGUGCCGCUCGACGAGUCGUUCUUUGACCUCGGCGGCCACUCGAUCCUCGCGACGCGCCUCGUGUUUGCCGUGCGCCAGGCCUUUGCCGUGCACGUCCCGCUCGGCCUCGUGUUUGACGCGCCGACGAUCCGUACGCUCGCGCAGGCCGUCGAUACGCUGCGCAACGGCGACCUCGUGCUGAGCGCGGGCCCGACGGAAGAAAAGGCCGCCGAGGUCGCGUAUGCGGACGACGCCAAGGCGCUUGAGGCCGAGCUGCCCGCCGCCUUUGGCGCGCCGGCCGCCGGCGCGGGCCGCACUGUGCUCCUGACCGGUGCGACGGGCUUCCUCGGCGCAUUUGUCUUGUACGACCUGCUGCACAACCGCAAGGACGUCGCCAAGGUGUACGUGCACACCCGUGCGCGCGACCAUGCGGCGGCCGUGCAGCGCCUGCGCGACGCGCUCUCCUCGCGUGGACUGUGGGAAGAGGCGUGGGUCGCCAACGGCCGCCUCGACGCGGUCGUCGGCGACCUCGGCGAGCCGCGUCUUGGCUUUAGCGACGCAGACUACCAGCGCAUGGAGGCCGAGGUCGAUGCGAUCGUGCACAACGGUGCGCUGGUGCACUGGGUGUACCCCUACUCGAAGCUGCGUGCGCCCAACGUCCUGUCGACCGUCGCCGCGAUGCACCUUGCGGCGUCCGGCAAGCCCAAGUCGCUCACGUUUGUCUCGUCGACCUCGGCGCUGGACACGGACUACUACGUGCGCCUCUCGGACACGAUCCAGGCGACCAACACCGAGAGCCUGCGUGGCGUGAGCGAGGACGACGACCUGCACGGCAGUGCGCACGGCCUCACGAGCGGCUAUGGCCAGUCGAAGUGGGUCGCUGAGCGCCUGGUGAUGGCGGCGGCGCAGCGUGGCCUCAAGGCCGCGAUCGUGCGCCCGGGCUACAUUGUCGGUGACUCGCACACGGCGGUGACCAACACGGACGACUUCCUCUUCCGCCUGGUCAAGGGCAGCGUCCAGCUCGGCCGCAUCCCGGACAUGGACAACACGGUGAACAUGGUGCCGGUCGACCACGUUGCGCGUGUCACGUCGCUCGCUGCGCUCGCCGCGCCGACGUUCCCGGCGUCGAGCGUGACGCACGCGCCCGUCUUCCACGUCACGUCGCACCCGAGCAUCCGGUACAACGAGUUCCUCGGCGCGCUCAAGCGCUACGGCUGGGCGGUGGAGCAGUGCGAGUACGUCGACUGGCGUGCGCAGCUCGAGAACCACGUCGUGGCGAGCGCGGGAAGCGACGCGGAGGCCAACGCGCUCUUCCCGCUGCUGCACUUUGUCCUCGACGACCUCCCGACGUCGACCAAGUCGGCAGAGCUCGACGACGCGCACACCGACGCGCUCCUCGACGCGGCGCACGAGCAGGACGUUGUGCGCGGCGUGAACGGCGACCUUCUCGGCCUGUACUUUGCCUGGCUCGUCGCCGUCGGCUUCCUCCCGCCGCCGCCUGCGCGCGGCGCGCCGCUCCCGGCGCUCCCAGAGAACGCCGCGACCCACGCGGUGGGCCGCGGCUCGGCACACUAA